AUGGGUAAGACCAGCAAAGUCGUAGUUUGCGGAAUGAAAGGGGUCGGAAAAACUGCGGUAUUGGAACAGCUUAUAUAUGGAAACGUUAAUCUGAAGUCUUGUUUCUAUCCUACUAUUGAGGAUAUUUAUGUCGCGAACAUUGAAACUGAUAGAGGAACAAAAGAACGUGUCUGCUUCUAUGACACUGCUGGACUCGAGCCGCCGCUUACAGGCGAGUUAAAAGGUCCACCGCAGUCACCUACAAUGCAGCUCACAACCAACCAGGUGUUGCAACGACACUACCUUGGUUUUGCCGAGGGCUUCGUAAUGGUAUACGAUACAACGAGGCCAGAGUCGCUUGAUGUUCUUAUGUACUUAAAGAAAGACAUUGACAGAAAUAAGGAUAAAAAAGAGGUAGUGAUCCUGGUAAUUGGCAACAGAACAGGACCGGAUGACAUUAAUAGUCUUGAAAAUACAUGCUCAAAGGCUUCGAAUUGGUGCGCCCGGGAGAAGAUCCGACAUUUCGAGGUAUCUGCCAUGGACCGGGCGUCGUUGUACGAGCCUUUUAUAUUUAUGACUUCACGCUUAAACCCAGUGCAAAACAAGACUGCCUUCCCUCAGCUUAGCACAUUAAGUUUCAUCGCGAGACGGAUCCCGGUGCGUGUCGUUUUCGCGUUCAGGAUCUCCUCGUCACUACUGCUGGAGUCGUCGAAGUUUUCGGACGCGUUCACCUCACCCGGCUCCGUGUCGGAAGAC